CCCCCCACCCCCGACGGCUUUGCCCUGGGGACCGAGCGGCCGCCCCGGACCUUGUGGUAGCGGCGCCGCUCGCCUGGUCGCCUCUGCGGACCUUGCGGCGGCGACGGUGGGAACCCAUGGAGCUUUCGGGAGCGCCCGUGGUUACGAACGGGAAGCGGUCGGGCCUGGGCCGUUGCAGGCAUUUCUUCUGGCUGGGAGUCAUCUUCGACGCGGUGGGCAUGGCGGUGCUGUUCACCGGCGUGUUCUGCAACCUGCUCUUCUACGACACACUGGUCUACAUGGGGUCCAUCAUCAUCUUCUUCAGCCUGCUCUGGUGGAUCUCCUGGUACACCGGCAACAUCGAACUGCUGCCCGAGGAGGCCUCGAAGCAGGCCUGGCGCGUGCCGCCCGCCACCGUGGUGGAAGCCCUGCGCCAGAACUUGAGCCACCGCCUCUCGCUGUCCAUAGGCAGCGUCUCCACCACCUUUUUGCAGAUCCAGCGGCGCCGGCGCGGCCGCCAGCGGACCUUGCGGAGGACUACCUCGCUAAAAAUGACCGUCACAGGCCUCGUGGAAAAAGAGCAGGAAAAGGAGAACAAGGACGCAGAGGGAGGGGAAAGUGCCAAGGAGAGCGGUGCCCCUCAAGACUUUUGCAAAGAGAGUCUGGGUCCCAAGCCUGAAGAUGACAAAAGCUCAGAGGCAGUUGGCUCCCCAGGCCCGCCGUGGUUUGGUCAGCAAGCUGUGUGCCCAUCGGACCAGCCUCUGCCGCCCGCCGUCCUGGCCUCGAAAAGCCUGCCUGUAGUGCCCUCCAUCUCUGUUGGUCAGCCUGUAGGCAUUUCUGUGAGCCAGCCUGUGGUUUCACAGAGCCAGCUCCAGAAUCUUCCUCGGGCCUCUCAAACUGGGGCUCGGCCUGGUCAGGCUGCUGGAACCCAGGCUGUGGACUCACGGGUCUCUCAGCCUGCCCAGACCUCCCGGAGCACCCCUGUAGUCCAGGAGAUUUUUGUAAGGCCAUCGUCGCAUGUCCUGAAGGUUCCUAAGAAUCCAGUUACUCCACCACUACCUGACCAGAAACUAUCUCAGGAGCUCCCUGACACCGCGUCACCUGUCACCGAGGCCACAGCUCCAGCCACUCAGGCCCAGCAGUCCGUCCCCACUGAGAGUGCGGCAGCCCCCGUGGCAGUGAAGAAAAGUGGCCCUCUCUAGUAGGGACCGGACCCCAGCCAUUUGAGUGGCUGCUCAGGCCUCUGGCAAAACUCACCAAUGUUUCUUCAGAUUUAACUGCCAACUUUAUAAAAGCACACUUAUCCUCAUCUUGUUUUGGAAACCUCCAUCCACAGUCCUGACCUCUCUCAGACCAGCAGACUUACUGGACUGCCUCUGCCAAGUAUACCUGUUUCGAUAAUGGGGAUAGUUUUCCAGCUUCAGGUGAUAAAGUUAUCUAUUGCCAGAAUUUUAAGCCAUAAUAAACUGCGCUAUUCCAAAUGAACCUUGUUUUAAAAUAAUUUGGUUUUUAAAAUAGACUUUUCUCAUGAAGGCAUUCCAGCAUUCCAAAUGGAAAAUAAUGUCUCACAUACUCUAGGUGAAUAUGUAUGUAAGUAAACUUCCCACAGAAACGGAUAUUAAAAAACACAACUCUUUUUAUCUCUUUUUUUUUUUCCUGACAGCUCUUUAGAGUCCAAACAACUCUUUUUAUUUAAGGAUAUUUUGUGACCUCUUUAUGAAAUAGCUAUCAGAAGGUAUUAAUGCAAUCAGUGCAUUAUAAUAUGCUGCAACUGAUAUGUAUAUGCUCACAACUUCUGAGUUUCUCAUUUUCCCAAGUAUUUAAAAUCUGAUUUUAUUGCACAUUUUAAUGAUAAUCUAAUAAAAUUCAUUUAGGCCUGCC